GAUCCAGCCAAUCAUGUUAAGAAAUCAUUGAGCGCUCACUCAACAGUUGUGUCUGCUGAACGCGGCCAGUGUGAACUGUCGGGAUGAUCGGGCAGUCGGGGCACAGAUCGGGAGCCAAAACACAGGCAAGGUCUUUCCAACGGAUCUAGCACGAGGGAUGCUCUCCUCUGCGCCAAGAUUCUUGUCACUCGUUGUUUGACCGCAGGCGGACAACCAGUGCAAGCUUCCAAAAGUACAUAAUCUACCAACUGCAAUAUAAAUAAGCCGCCAUCUAAUCUUCUCAACGCGAGUACUUAACGCUGUAUCUAACAUGAUCAGGCUAUCCCGAGUAGCGCGAGCUUUCUCGCGUUCGUCGCAAAUGAGAUUGCCCUUGUCGAGCGGUUCAGAGAGGAAAGCUGAUCUGUAUCGUCAAUUGUACGCGAAGAUGUUAGCAUGCGGCCCCAUAACGCUCGCCGAGUACAUGAAGGAGAUCUUGACCCAUCCCACUGCAGGCUAUUACACGACCAGAGACGUUUUCGGGCAAAGAGGCGAUUUCACGACUUCUCCAGAAAUCAGUCAACUUUUUGGAGAAAUUGUGGCAAUUUGGAUAAUCAGCGAAUGGAGGAAAAUUAGCAGGGACUCUAUCCAACUUGUGGAACUUGGUCCAGGAAGAGGUAGCUUGAUCAGUGAUAUUCUACGGGUGUUCAAGAAACUGAAUCUGUUGAAUAAGGUAUCGGUUCACCUGGUAGAAAUUAGUCCCGUUUUGGCUGCGAUUCAAGCAGAGAAAUUGUGCGCGGAGAGCAGAGACAUUGAGCCAAGAAUCAACGAGGGCCAGAAGAACUCUGUCACGCAUUACAAAGAGGGUGUUACGAGAGAAGGAGUAAAACUGUACUGGUAUCGAUCUAUUAACGACGUUCCUAGAAAGUUCAGCGUGUUUGUUGCGCACGAGUUCUUUGACGCUCUGCCAAUACACAAGUUCCAGAAAACUGACAAAGGUUGGAGGGAAGUCUUAAUAGAUAUAGUGCAAGACUCAAAGGAAGAGAGAUUUCGAUACGUACUCUCGCAAGUACCAACGGCUGCUUGCAAAGUAUACCUAUCUCCUCAUGAGAAAAGAGAUCAUGUGGAAAUGAGUCCGCAAUGUUCUGUAAUAGUGGACCACAUGUCCCAGUUUUUGUGGGAACACGGAGGAUUUGCGCUAGUGAUCGAUUAUGGCCACGAGAGGGAAAAGACGGACACGUUUCGCGCAUUCCGCCGACACGAGUUACACGAUCCCUUGUUGAACCCCGGAACCGCGGAUCUGACCGCGGAUGUUGACUUUUUACUAAUGAAAGAGAUUGCACGGAAGGACGAUAGAUUGAUCACGUUUGGUCCAGUGACGCAAAGGAAAUUCUUGAAAAGCCUCGGCAUUGAUUUACGGUUAAAAAUGAUUUUGCAGAACGCUACUGGCGCCCAAAAGGAACAAAUUGAAUCGGGAUAUCGUAUGAUAACCGAUGAAGAUAAAAUGGGCAAUUGCUUCAAAGUGUUGUCUCUCUUUCCUUUUGUCCUGAAAGACCAUUUGACCAAGUGGCCUGUGGCAGGAUUCGCAGAUGAAAACGAAAUUAAAUCUUGAACUUUUUCUUUUUAACUCAACAUGAGAGACAAACAGAGAACUGUAUUUAUAUACUUUACGUAAUCAUAUAAUGACACACAGCAAGUAUGUAGUGUCGAUUAACACUACAGAAAAUCCGAAUAAAUUUAUAUAAAGAUAAAA